CCGAGAGCUGGGUGAGGAGGGGGAGCGCGAGGCCCGGACGCCCGCCGAGGGGCGCGCUGGGCUUCGUGUCAGACUCGGGGUCGCAGUCGCCGCCGCGGCCUCGCACCGCACCUGCUUCACGCGAGGCGCGGAGCAAGCGCGUCCUCGGCGGCAGCACCACUUCUCUCCUGGCUUAACAGUCCCGCCAUAGCCUGCGAAUUUGCUAACCGGAAGCGAACGAGACUGAGUUUUGUUUUUUUAAAAAUAUGAAACUUAGUUGUAAAACGGACGCGUGAGGACACUCGGGUGCUAAUGAUCACAAGCGACUGUACCCUCCGUUUGUCUCUGCGGCGCCUCGCUGUUAGCGGGUUCCCCUCAUGUCCUCAGAUUCUCAGCUGUUGACUGCAGAGGAGAGGAACCAAAUUCUACUUGAGCUUAAGAAAGCAGGAUGGUCAGAAUUAAGUGAGAAAGAUGCCAUCUACAAAGAAUUCUCCUUCAAAAAUUUUAAUCAGGUCACAUCCCUCUUGCUGAAGCCCUGCCAUCAGAAGGAGUUAAGAAGGCCUGCUAUGCUUACAGUUGAGAGAUCCAACACUUUUCCUGGCCUCAGCUCCACAAACUGGAGGAGGCCACAGUUACAACUGAUGACCUUUCUGGCUUUUGGCUUUAUGUCCCGAGUUGCCCUACAAGCAGAGAAGAUAAAUCAUCACCCGGAAUGGUUCAAUGUAUACAACAAGGUCCAAAUAACUCUCACAUCACAUGACUAUGGUGGACUGACCAGAAGAGAUGUGCAGCUGGCGAGAUUUAUUGAAAAAGCAUCUGUUUUUGUGUGAUUUCUUCCAAAAUGCAUGUAAAAUCUUACACCUAUCUUAGCUGCAGUAUAUUUUGAAGGCAACUUACAUAAACAAGUCACACUGUAAAUUAAUUCACUUGUAUACAUUUUAUAUAAUCAGUGCUUAAAUACAAAAUGAUUUAAACCUGAA